ACGCGAGAGUUGUAUCUGCGUUGUAGGAAACAGUCAUGGCAGCGUUCAAGAGAAAACGUGGGGGACAGACUCUCGUCGGUAAAAAGGCAAAGAAAGUAAAAAUUGUUGCAGACGGAGCCGAUGCAUCGAUUGAAACCGAACAGGAGAAUAAUAAUGAAAUCACUGUUCCAGCUCCGGUGUCGGGGGGCAAAUGGACCAACAAGGAAAGAGUCCUCAUCUUCUCCUCAAGAGGCAUCAACUUCAGAACAAGGCACCUGAUGCAGGACCUGAGGACCAUGAUGCCUCAUUCAAAAGCAGAUACAAAAAUGGACAGAAAGGACAAGCUGUUUGUUAUCAAUGAGGUGUGUGAAAUUAAAAACUGCAACAAGUGCCUAUUUUUUGAGGCCAAGAAGAAGCAGGACCUCUACAUGUGGAUUUCUAACAGCCCUCAUGGACCUUCUGCAAAGUUUCUAGUUCAGAAUAUUCAUACAUUGGCUGAACUCAAGAUGACAGGAAACUGUCUCAAAGGAUCCAGGCCACUGUUGUCAUUUGAUCCAAAAUUUGACAGUGAGCCUCAGUAUGCUUUAUUGAAGGAGCUAUUCACCCAGACGUUUUCCACUCCACGCUACCACCCUAAGAGUCAGCCUUUUGUUGACCAUGUCUUCACAUUCACCAUUGCAGACAACAGGAUAUGGUUUAGAAACUACCAGAUCAUCGAGGAGGACGCCUCUCUGGUGGAGAUCGGACCUCGCUUUGUUCUCAACCUCAUUAAGAUCUUUCAGGGGAGCUUUGGGGGCCCUACGCUCUUUGAAAACCCAGACUUCAAGUCUCCAAACAUGCACCGCAGAGAGAUUCGACUUGCAGCAGCGGCAAAGGUCCGUGAGAAGCAGAUGGUGAAGGAGAUGCAGAAAACGAAGAGGACUGAAGCCAAGACUGAUUUGACCACGGACGUUACAGCUGACGUCUUCCGGACACCUGCUGAGGAGAAGCCUGUUCUCAUUGAAACAGAACCACCGGCGCCCAGAGUGGCAAAGAAAAAGAAAGUUAAUGGUUACAUAAGGCAAAGGAUGGCACGCAGGUAGCUGUGUGGACUAUAUGGAGAUGAGUGAAUGACUUAAUGUGGUUUUGGUUCAGUUUUGUCUCACCGAAGACUGAUUAUAAUAUGAUUAUAAUAACGCAUCAUCACAGAAA